GACAUGUCUAGACACGUGUCCAUUGUUAUGUUGUGAUGGAGGGGGAUAGUUCGGACCGGGGCUGACUGAGGGCGGCGCGUAAAGUGGGUCUGCGUAAAACCAGCAUCCGUUCCCGCCAGCUUUACGCGCGGCUUAGAUUCGGAUGUUUGGGAAAAUGUCCUUCGUGGAAAUCAUGAGGUGUCUUUGGGAGGACUUGUAGACUUGUUUUUGCUUCCUCUCCGACCAGCAUGUCCCCCAAAUUGGUGCCUUGUUUGCUUCUCCUCGCGGCUCUCAACACAAGCGGUCUCACGGUGGACUACGACGAGCUCUACGAGGACGUCACCGUCAAGCAGAUGUUGGCUCCUAAAUCUCAGCAGUCUGAUGCCACGGAGAUACUUAAUAACCUGCUCAAGGAGUACGACAGGAAGCUCAGACCUGACAUUGGAGUGAAGCCGACUGUCAUUGAUGUGGACAUCUUUGUCAACAGCAUUGGACCCGUGUCGUCGAUAAACAUGGAGUACCAAAUAGACAUCAUCUUCGCUCAGACGUGGACCGACAGCCGCCUGCGCUACAACAGCACCAUGAAGAUACUGACGCUCAACAGCAACAUGGUGGGCCUCAUCUGGCUGCCCGAUACCAUCUUCAGGAACUCCAAGAACGCAGACUCACACUGGAUCACCAUGCCCAACCAGCUCCUCAGGAUCUGGAACGACGGCAAGAUCCUCUACACCUUAAGACUUACCAUCAACGCAGAGUGCCAGUUGCAGCUGCACAACUUCCCAAUGGACGAACACUCGUGUCCACUCAUCUUCUCCAGCUACGGGUACCCGAGAGACGAGAUGGUCUACAAGUGGAGGAGGAACUCUGUGGAGGCGGCCGACCAAAAGUCCUGGCGACUCUACCAGUUUGACUUCAUGGGCCUCAGAAACACGUCUGAAAUCGUAACCACCACAGCAGGUGACUAUGUGGUGAUGACGGUGUACUUUGACCUGAGUCGGCGUAUGGGCUACUUCACCAUCCAGACGUACAUCCCUUGCAUCCUCACCGUGGUCCUCUCCUGGGUCUCCUUCUGGAUCAAGAAGGACGCCACCCCUGCCAGAACCGCUUUAGGUAUAACCACAGUGCUGACCAUGACCACCCUGAGCACGGUGGCCAGGACGUCCCUCCCCCGAGUGUCCUACGUCACCGCCAUGGACCUUUUUGUCACCGUCUGCUUCCUGUUUGUCUUCGCCGCUCUGAUGGAGUACGCCACGUUGAAUUACUACUCUUACAGCGCCCGCAGGCCCACGUGCAUGGAGAGCAAAAGACAUAACUAUUCGGUCUUGGGUGGCCGCCCGGCACACACGGUCAUCGCCCUCAACAACUCCACCUACUGGCAAGACUUUGAGGAUACUUGUUCUUAUGAGUGCCUGGACGGCAAAGACUGCCAGAGCUUCUUCUGCUGCUACGAGGAGUGCAAAGACGGUGCAUGGCGACGAGGACGCGUCCACAUCGAUCUCCUGGAGCUGGACGCCUACUCGCGGGUCUUUUUCCCCACGUCCUUCUUGCUCUUCAACGUGGUUUACUGGGUGGGAUAUCUCUACCUCUAGUUGUACGUGACGAUGCAUUCAAGGGGAAACUGAAGCAGUAUUUUGGAUGUUCACUGCUGGAGAGCCUUCGUUUGGACUGGCACACCCUGAUACAAUAAACCGGAUACAAUCAACCCAGACAGGCUUGUUAGCGAAGGUGAAACGGAGAAACAAAGUCUCAGUGCCUUCAGUCCAUUGCACACCGUUGCCGAAAAAGGGUUUCAUGAAACGUCUCAUCAUCAAGUCCGAGCUUGCGUUCUUGGGGGGUUCAGCUCAGGGGUGUCCAAACUUUUUCUGACGAGGGCCGCAUAUUUAAAAAUGACAGGAUGCACCUUUCAUAUUUUCAAGAUAUGCUAAGAUAUGCUAAGAGGUUUUAUAGUAGAUACAUUUCAGCUCUGUCUUAUACGUCGGUGAAAAAGCCUAUUACUACUAUCGACUUCACUCUGCAGUUAGCGCGCAGACCUCGCAGCCAGGACACGUGAGUUCAAUUCCACCCUAGGCCAUCUCUGUGUGGAGUUUGCUGGGUUUUCCGGUUUCCUCCCACAUUCCAAAAACAUGCUAGGUUAAUUGGUGACUCCAAAUUGUCCAUAGGUAUGAAUGUGAGUGUGAAUGGUUGUUUGUCUAUAUGUGCCCUGUGAUUGGCUGGCCACCAGUCCAGGGUGUACCCCGCCUCUCACCGAAAGAGAGCUGGGAUAGGCUCCAACACCCCCCGCGAACCUCGUUAAGAUAAGCAUUAGAAAAUGAAUGAAUGAACUUCUUUUUUCCCAUUUUUGCUUUUUUGUUUUUCCAUUGGCGGCACGGCGGUCGAGUGGUUAGCGUGCAGACCUCACAGCUAGGAGACCAGGGUUCAAUUCCACCCUCAGCCAUCUCUGUGUGGAGUUUGCAUGUUCUCCCCGUGCAUGCGUGGGUUUUCUCCGGGUACUCCGGUUUCCUCCCACAUUCCAAAAACAUGCUAGGUUAAUUGGCGACUCCAAAUUGUCCAUAGGUAUGAAUGUGAGUGUGAAUGGUUGUUUGUCUAUAUGUGCCCUGUGAUUGGCUCGCCGCCAGUCCAGGGUGUACCCCGCCUCUCGCCCGAAGACAGCUGGGAUAGGCUCCAGCACCCCCCACGACCCUCGUGAGGAAAAAACGGUAGAAAAUGAAUGAAUGAAUGUUUUUCCAUUUUUUUUUAAUAUUUCAACUUUCUUCUUAAAUGUUAUCUUCACAUAAUAUUAUGACUUAAUUCCCAUAAUAUCGUUUCUUUAUUCUAGUAAUAUUCUAAUAUAUUAAGUAAAGAUAUUCUGAUCAGGAUUUUAUGCUGCCGAUGCCGAUCCUGAUAAUCCAUGAGUGAAAUCGGCCGAUUAAAUGUACUACCGGCUAUAUUAGCUAUAUUACCAAGGUUUUUUCCUGUGAGAGCUACUUUUACUGAAUGAAAAUGGCUAAAAGAGCUACUCAUUUAGGUACCGCAUAAUUUUUAUGAGCUGUGCUGUCUGGCGCAGUGCUGCGCACCCACGCCUCAUGUUCCUUCCACCGGCACAAGUGGCAAAGAGGGAGGAGAGAAGGCGUGAGAGGGUUUAACACACAGCCGAGUGUAAUCUAAACCAAUCAAAUGAACGUCUUUAAAUGCUUAGUGCCCACUGGACUGCGCAUCAGAGGAAACAAUGCGCGUCAUUCACCACAUACGCCACCAUGUGGGAGAGUUACAUUAAACACAGCAGCAGGCUAAUCCAGACAUCUUGCUUGUGAUCCACCUGCAGUCCUGCUCCGCAUCACCAAAUAGAAGAACCUUUGAUGUUAUAUUCUCCUCAACCUCCUUAAGGAAAAAUGAACAGAAAAAAAACAGCCUGAUUUAGUUGAGGUUAGUUGUCUAUUGGGUCUAAUGGGCUGCCUGUUGGCUCAUUUGCAUACU